AUGGCUCUGGACCAGGGGAAGGGGUGUGACCCGGGCCAGGCCACCAAGUAUCUCUACGAGCUGCUCUACAACGAUCCCAUCAAGAUUAUCCUCAUGCCUGGCUGCAGCAGCGUCUCCACGCUGGUGGCCGAGGCCGCCCGCAUGUGGAACCUCAUCGUGCUGUCGUACGGCUCGAGCUCCCCAGCCCUAUCCAACCGCCAGCGCUUCCCCACCUUCUUCCGCACCCACCCCUCGGCCACCCUGCACAACCCCACGCGCGUCCAGCUCUUCAAGAAGUGGGGCUGGACCAAGAUUGCCACCAUCCAGCAGACCACGGAGGUCUUCACCUCGACCCUCGACGACCUGGACCAGCGGGUGAAGGAAGCUGGCCUCGAGAUCACCUUCCGCCAGAGUUUCUUCUCUGACCCCGCCGCGCCUGUUCGUAACCUCAAGCGUCAGGAUGCCCGUAUCAUUGUGGGACUCUUCUACGAGACGGAGGCACGUAAAGUCUUCUGUGAGGUCUACAAGGAGAAGCUGUACGGCAAGAAGUACGUCUGGUUCCUAAUUGGCUGGUACGCCGACAACUGGUUUCGCAUCAAGGACCCGGCCAUCAACUGCACCGAGGCGGAGAUGGCAGAGGCCGUGGAGGGGCACGUCACCACAGAGAUCGUCAUGCUCAACCCCGAGAACACUCGCAGCAUCUCCAACAUGACCUCCCAGGAGUUCAUUGAGAAGCUGCAGAAGCGGCUGGGCAAGAACCCUGAGGAGACAGGCGGUUUCCAGGAGGCGCCGCUAGCCUACGAUGCCAUCUGGGCCCUGGCCCUGGCCCUCAACAAGACCUCGGCGGAGCUGGUCAAAAAGGGGCUGCGCCUGGAGGACUUCAACUACAAUAACAAGAACAUCACCGACGAGAUCUACCGGGCACUCAACUCCUCCGCUUUCGAGGGUGUCUCGGGCCACGUUGUCUUUGACGCCAGCGGCUCCCGCAUGGCCUGGACCCUCAUUGAGCAGCUGCAAGGUGGUGUCUACAAGAAGAUCGGCUAUUACGACAGCACGAAGGACAACCUGUCCUGGUACAACAACGACAAGUGGAUUGGAGGUGCACCGCCAGCUGACUACACCAAGGUCAUCACCACCUUCCGGUUCCUGUCCCAGAAGCUCUUCAUCUCUGUCUCGGUGCUGGCCUCGCUGGGCAUCCUGCUGGCCAUCAUCUGCCUGGCUUUCAACAUCUACAACGGGCAUGUCCGGUACAUCCAGAACUCCCAGCCGUACCUGAACAACAUGACGGCUGUGGGCUGCACGCUGGCACUUGCGGCUGUCUUCCCCCUGGGCUUGGACGGGUACCACAUCGGGCCAGGGCUUUUCCCUUUUGUCUGCCAGGCCCGGCUCUGGCUUCUCGGACUGGGGUUUAGCCUGGCAUACGGCAGCAUGUUCACCAAGAUCUGGUGGGUCCACACUGUCUUCACCAAGAAGGAGGAGAAGAAAGAGAAGCGGAAGACGCUGGAGCCCUGGAAGCUGUAUGCCACUGUGGGGCUGCUGGUGGGGCUGGACGUGGUCACGCUGUUCAUCUGGCAAAUCGUGGACCCCCUGCACCGCACCAUUGAGGAGUUCACCAAGGAGGAGCCCAAGACGGACACCGACGUCUCCAUCCUGCCCCAGCUGGAGCACUGCAGCUCCACCAAGAUGAACACCUGGCUUGGGAUAUUUUAUGGCUUCAAGGGGCUGCUGCUGCUGCUGGGCAUCUUCCUGGCCUAUGAGACCAAGAGCGUGUCCACAGAGAAGAUCAAUGACCAUCGGGCUGUGGGCAUGGCCAUCUACAACGUGGCGGUCCUCUGCCUCAUCACCGCACCCGUCACCAUGAUCCUCAGCAGCCAGCAGGAUGCGGCCUUCGCCUUCGCCUCGCUCGCAGUUGUCUUCUCCUCCUACAUCACCCUGGUGGUCCUUUUCGUGCCCAAGGUGCCACACAACCUGGUGGGGAAGGGGCUGGUGGGGAGUGGGUGUUUCUCUGCCUGA